UAUUUACUAGGCCAGUUAAAUAUUUCACUCGAUAAAAUUUGUAUUAUUUAACUCGAACGAUUACAAACAACAUCUCCAACUCGUAACCAAAAAUCCAAGUGCUUUGUUGAACAAAACAAUUCUCUAAACCAACAAACAAUCGAAAAAAAUCAUGUCAGAACGAUCAAAAGGUGACACGUCGUCCUCGUUAGUUACACCAGCAGCACCUCUUCUAACAUCCGGACGUGUUGUGAAGAAUCCGUUGUUGAGUGCUUCUGUUACUGGACUGACAUUUGAUGAUUUCCAUAAUAAGCCGCUUCUUUUACCAGCUGCUCCUCCAAUAGUUCAUCCAACACCAGUUGUUGUUAGUCGCGAAUCAACACCUCUCGUGACAGUGGGAAAGUCAUCCGACAUAGAUACAGAAAAUCUAAGCGAAAUAAAUCUUAACGACACUUCGGUAACAUCUUCGAAUAUUUCCGAUCCACCAGACGAGAACAGUAAUAGCCUGAUAGAAUCCACAAAUCAAGUAGACAAUUCAAUUCUCAGUCAGGCAGCUUCAUCUUUCUCGCAACUGCCAUCGGUUGCUUCUUCUGUAUUUUCCACAUUCUCGAAAAAAUUCAAUUCAUCUUCGGGAAGAGACGAUUUCAAUUCGAAUCCACAGCUUGAUAUUCAACCUUUUUCUACACCUUUUGUUGGUCCAGCUUCGGUGCCACAAUCCCAAAUACUACCACCUCCGCCUGUGUUUAGGAAUCAAGAAUACCAACAACAGCAACAACAUCAACCACAGAUUCCGUCAUCAGAUCAAAGUCAACCUCAAGCACCACCAGCUGAACCACCAACAUUCUACAGCCCUAGUGAGGUUCCAUCUGCUCCGAGUGGUCCCGCUUGUCCACCACCAACUUCUGGACAAAAUACGUAUCGCCUUUCGGCUAAAAAGAAAAUCUACGCUCAAAUUCCAGGUCUCUCUUCGACACAUCAAGAACCAUCUUUGCCAGCAGCACCAUCAACUGGUUUACAACCUCCAAUAGGCUUUGAAUCAUUCGACGCACCUACUUACGCAGAACAUUCAACUUACGAGAAGCCAGAAGAACGUAAAGCAGGCUUAUUUUCAUUGUCAAACCUUGGUGUUCCUAGCGUUUUACAAAAUCUAUCAGGUUUUGUCCAAUCUGCAACUGGAAUUUCUCAGAGACCAACUGAACAAUCUUUGACUGGACAAGCUCCGCCAACAGCCUACUACCCUCAAGCAAAUCAAGUUAAUUUUAUUGGAAUAGAACCAGUUCAGAAUAAUCCAUUGGCAAAUAAUUUCUUUGCUCCACUUGGUGCUACAGAAAUACCACCAUCUUCAGGACCAACGAUUCCUCCAUCGUCACAACCACCACAGGUUCCACAAAACACCGGAAUUCUAUUUCCCGCUCAAGCUCCUCCAGCAGCACAGGCCUUUUUCGCUCCACAACAAUCGUUUUUCCAACCACCGACAUCGUCGUCUCGUCCACCAUCUGUGGAAAAUAAAUUCUUAGGCCAGCCAGCCAAAAGUCUUACUCCAGACACUAAUCCAUCUUUUAAAGCUUUUGCUCCGAAACAUACUGAACUUUCAACUUCUCAUCCAAAUUUGUUUGGACCACCACUUUCAGGACCACCACCAAAAAGUGUUACUCCUGACUCGUCGUCUUCGCAGUCAAAUUUGAUUUCAGAGCAAGCUGCUACAGCGCAACUUCUAAACUUUUUCAAACCUCCACCAACAACUGGAACUAACUUGUCAGGACCACCACCAAAAAGUGUUACUCCCAAAUCAUCUGCACAAGGUCCACCCCCGAAUUUCUUUGGACCACCGAAAUUGGAAACUAAUUUAUCAAACCAGCAAGCUUCUUCAGGUCCGCCACCAAGUUUAUUCGGACCUCCACCAACAGCUGGAAUUAACUUCCCAGGAGUACCUCCUCAGUCGCUUUCAAAUAACAAUUAUUCAGGACCACCACCUCCUGCACAAGUACCGCAGCCUCAGUUGCCACCUCAAAUAAAACCCAUUGCUACUCCGCCAUCUACUGGGCCACCAUCGUCAUCAUUCCGGUUACAGAAGGGAACUCGAUUGUACAAGAGUCCAUUCCAAGUUGCUCCACCAGAACACCAACCAAAAGUGUCCAUUUCUCAAAAUAUCUUUCCACCAGCUCCUGAAGCCGUGAACUAUUUCAAUCCGCAACAAGCCUUUGCGCCACUUCAAGGACAAGGAAUUUCGCAGCCAAUACCACCUCAGGAACCUAUUUUGAAACCAGUUCAAGAUACACCAAUCCCAACCCCAGCCACUGCACCCCAAUUUGGUGAAACUCCAAAACAUUUUGCAACUCCAGAAGCGGUUAAUUUUUUCAAUCCACAAGGAUUUGAUUCUGGGUUUAAUAAAAGUGCUGAAGCAUUGAAUAUUGUUGAGCCUUUAAGAGCGCCCGAAGAAAUUUCAUCAAAACCGCCAGCAGAACCAAUCAACUUUUUCAAUCCAAAGGAAUUAAAUUCUGUUCCUGAUUCUCUAACUUCUACUAAAGAAGUUUUACCAGAGGUUCAACAACCUAGCCAAGAAGAAGUUUCGUCAACCGACGCACAAUCAAUUGAUAAGCCCCCUAAGAAACCAACAAUUUCCGAAGGAUUCACGCAACAGGAAAUAACACCCUCAUCAACUGGACUCGAUACAGAAACAGUUUCUAUUUCAGCUAAUAAUCAAGAUCAAUCUUCAGUACCAGACCAAAAUUUGUUAACCCAAGAAACCGUUUUUUCCAACCAAGUUCCGGAACAAGAAAAUUCUGAACUAUCAGAGCAAGCAUCGAAAGUCAACUCAGCGUCGUCAGAAGUCCAACAGGAGAGUUUGAGCUUUCUUGAAGAUCAACAAAAGAAUAUCUUACCUCCACCCCCAGCAGUUAGCUUUGGCACGCCUACAUCUUCGAAGGAAACAGCUAACUUUCCGCCACCACCUCCACAACAUUCUUUUCAAGAUAAACCAUCUUCAAACCCUUAUCGAAAGGGUCUUCAGCCAACGCAUACACAAUUGCCAGCUCCUGCAUCUUUGUCCUCAUUCUUCACCCCAAUCGAUCAAGGCAAUAAUUUCUUUCAAACUAUCAAUUCCGGACCAAUUCCAGAAGCAUCACAGCCUGCAGCUAAUUUCGUUGGUGAAACCAACUUUUUUAAUCCUCAAGAAAAUUCGUCUUUGAAUCCGCCUUUGGACACAUUUAAAGCUCCAGAGGAACCUGCUCCAGAAGCAUUUGAACAUCCUCAAGAGACUUCAGCUGAAUCAGAAAAUCAGCAAUCGGAAAUAAAACUUUCGGAACCUGAACCAACAUUACCAAUUAGAGAAUCGACUCCCAUUACUUCUGUUAUUCCAGAUCAAAAUAAACCCACAUCAUCAAUAGGAGAACCCUUGGUAGCAGAAUCAACUGAAAAAAUUGCUUUAUCCAAACCCGACGAAAAUCCGAGUUUCUACAAGCCUGACAUUGCGCCACCUCUAUCCAACGAACCACUAGUGGCAUCAAAGCCAGAAGAAAAUUCCAAGAUUGCUUCGCCACUUAAGUCUCAAGAUAACCCCGUUCCCGAACCUGUGCCAAAUUUAUUCACCGGUUUUUUUGAUCAAGCAGCAGGUGCGCCAGCAGCUGCUCCCAAUCCCAUAGCUGCCCAACGACCAUCACUACCCGAUCCGACAACAUUUUUCGAUUCAUUCAGCUUGGUUCCGAGCUUGGGAAUACCCGCGCCUCCCACCGAAGAUCCAAACAGUCAACGCAUACAAAACUUCUUUAACAAUCCUCCACCGAAAGAACUCGAUACUGUUGGUGACUUUAAUUACAACUUGGUAGGCAGUGGACUUUCGGUGCAAAAUCUACAAAUUCGUUCGCUAACGCCGGCUUCAAAUAUAGCCGAACCACCAUCGUCAUCUUGCUCGGAAUUCUCAGAGCUCAAUAGUUCUCUGUCAGCUGCCAAUAGGCAGCCCUUAAUCCAAGCUGCAGAUUCGACUAAGGUAUCUCCCGAAGAGGAGGCCAUUUUUGAAUCGCCAGAAUAUCAAGAUUUGCCCGAGGAGAUAGUGAAUGAGCUGAAAAUGGCCAAUAGUUUGCUAGGAAACAGUAGCCCAACAAAUGAGGCAUCGUAUAAGCCAGCUGUUAAACAUUGGUUCUACAAAAGAAAACUUGAUGUCAAGUGCUUGUGGACACCUUUCUCAUUCCAUGACUCUGCUCUGCUUGAAGAAGCUUUUUUGAAAGGAGAUGAAGGUCCUAACUUAGUCGCUGUUGAAGGUGGCCGGUUCGAUGUUAACAUUUCAGAACGAACUAAAUGCCCUGUCUAUUGGGAAGGCGAACCAAUUGAAGUAAAACGCUGCUCAUGGUUCUAUAAGGCAAGUGACUCAAAAUAUGUUCCAUAUGAAGAAGAAAUCGCAGAUCUAUUAGAAGAGGAGUAUAAAAAAGCUUCGGAAAGCUGUGAAUGGCAUAAGAAAAUUCCCAUUUCGGCUGGAGACAUUGUGGUAUUCCAUGGACCGACGGUGAUUGUUCAUUUCCAACCGCAGCAGCAAGUUGAUUCAUGGGGUGGAUCGACGCUUGAUUCGGAAAGUUUUCUAUCUUAUAUGAAACAGCAAACCAUAACACGUCCACGAGUUGUAAAGCGAGAUCUUGACGACUUCAACAUCGAUGAAGGUGAAUCACACAAAGUUGACCAUUUACUUUUUAUGGUUCACGGCAUAGGAUCAGCUUGUGAUCUUAAAAUGAGAUCUGUCGAAGAAGUUGUUGAUGAAUUCCGCAGUAUUGCGUUGCAAUUAGUUCAAUCCCACUACAAAAAUUCAGUUGAAAGUGGUCAUGUUGGGCGAGUUGAAGUUUUGCCGGUAUCAUGGCACAGUGAACUACAUUCCGAAGAGUUUGGCAUCGAUGAGAAAUUAAAAUCGAUAACUCUGGAAUCAAUUCCAAAGCUUCGAAACUUUACAAAUGACACCCUACUGGAUAUUCUAUUCUAUACAAGUCCCAUGUUCUGUCAAAGGAUCAUAAAUACUGUCACAUCAUCUAUGAAUGACAUUUUUGUGAAGUACAAGCAGAGAAAUCCAGAAUUCCAUGGUGAAGUGUCCUUGGCCGGUCAUAGUUUGGGUUCUUUGAUUAUGUUCGACUUGCUGUGUCAUCAAAGACCACACAAACAAUCUGAGGAAAAAAAUAUGGAAAAUCCUGAUGCAAUGACUUCAGAUUCGCCAGUUGAAUCGAAUCGGCUCAAGGAAGAAGAAGAAGGCAAAAAUAUUACUUAUAAAAUGGGACAGGCUGGAACUGGUCAACCAUUUAUAAGUUACCCACAACUCCUUUUCCAACCGAAAAAGUUUUUCGCACUUGGAUCACCUAUUGGAAUGUUCGUCACAAUUCGAGGAAUUGACAAACUUGGCUUGGACUUCCGUCUACCUACAUGUCCAGGUUUCUAUAAUAUAUUUCAUCCCUACGAUCCAGUGGCAUACAGGCUCGAAGCUCUCGUAAAUCCCGACAUGAAUGGCAUCCCUCCAGUACUGAUUCCUCAUCACAAAGGUAGAAAACGAAUGCAUUUAGAGUUAAAGGAAACAAUGACUCGAGUAGGAGCCGAUUUGAAACAGCGCUUUUUCGAAACCUUUAAGACCACUUUAGAUAGUGUGAAUUUCCUCACUCCCAAGGCUAAAAAUGAUCCGAAGGAAUUGAAAGAGGAAGUCGAUAGGCUCUUGGAAUUGCAAGCCCAACAAGGGCAACAGACACAACAAAGCGUUGCAUCAACAUCCCGCUCAAGAGCCAAUUCAAAUUCUACCAACCAAUCGGACACAGAUGUUAUUGAAAUUGAUUUUCCACUGGGAAAAUUGAAUGACUCGAAACGCGUUGACUAUGUUCUGCAGGAGGCUCCAUUGGAAUUCUUCAAUGAAUAUUUAUUUGCCUUGAGUAGUCAUGUUUGUUAUUGGGAAUCUGAAGAUACAAUUUUGUUUGUAAUGAAACAAAUCUAUAAUGAGAUCGGAAUAAGUCCAGAUAGUCAAGUACCCCAACAAACAAUGACAAUUGAAAGGCCCAGCUCGGGCGGUAGCACAACGCAGCAAUCGCCUACAAGUUAAAGCAUAACCUGCAUCGUUUUAAAAUUGUAUCUGUUUAAAAAAAAGAAGAAAAAAUCAACUAUUUUACUAAAUGUACGAGUAAAUUAAUGUAUGACCGAUCUUAUUGUUAUAAAACAAAAGAAAAAGUAUGAAAGUUGAUAUUCUGAGAGAAUAUAUCAUUGUUGUUGUGUUUGUUCGUUUUUUAUCAACUAAUAAAUAAAAAUAAACUGUCCACAUUUAUUCUAA